CCUUAUGAUUUGUUUUACUCUUUUUUUAUCAAAUAUAUAUUAUCCCCUUUCUUUUUUACUUUAUGGAUUUCUUGGGUGUCAUGCAUUGCUGAUUCUAUACAUGUUGAUUCAGAACAGGGAAAGAGAUAAACAGACGAAAUGACUUGCUGACAAAUUUGAAAUCCAAGGUUAAUCAUAUGGCAAACACUCUCAAUUCGCACAGUGCUGCUUACAGGGAUCGGUUGUUAGGUCCAGAUUUGAAGUCAGACGAUGUAAUGAAGAGAGCAUCUAACAUGGACAACCAAGGGAUUGUAGGCUUUCAACGUCAGAUUAUGAGAGAACAAGACGAGGGCCUUGAGCAAUUAGAGGAGACAGUAAUAAGUACAAAACACAUAGCAUUAGCAGUCAAUGAAGAGCUCAACCUCCACACAAGGCUCCUGGAUACCUUGGAUGAUCACGUGGAGUCUACAAAUUCUCGCUUGCAGCGUAUUCAAAAGAAAUUGGCGAUUUUCAAUAAACGCACCAAGGGAGGUUGUACGUGCUUGUUACUACUGGUUGUCUUGAUUGUGUUUCUCAUCCUUGUCGUACUGGCACUGAUCAAAUAUGUGUAGACCUUUGUUUGGUAUUUGCUACUACCAUAGAAUGUUUCUUCACAGUACUUAAACUGUUGAACACUUUAAUAGAAGUGUAUAUAUUGGGAUCUGCUUAUGUUUCAUUGCUGGAACUACCUAUUUAGCCUAUCUAUGGUGAUUAUGGAUAUCCUUCUUGAAAUAUGAAGUGUGUAAAUUCAUUCGCCUUUUGUUGUCAACAAAUUUCGCUAUCGUGUUAGCAGCGAUUUCCCAUGCUUAUUUGUUUUGGUUUAUAUUAUCUACCCAUAUUAUCGGGAUCAAGGCUUAUCGUAAUUGAUUUAAUUAAAAUUAAUAUCAUUAUUAUUGUUA